AUGCUCAGCCUUAUCCUUCCUGCCGACGACUGUGCACAGUUCACACGGACUCUUGCGGAUGAGCUCGGAGACGAGAAUGAGGCGAACGUGAAGUUCAAGAAGUACGGCCGGCGGCAAGUGGACUUUUGCGUUAAGUUCAGUGUGCGCGCUUCUAGACGGAGUACCUCUUCCACACCGGCUCCAGCUCCUUCGACUUCUGCUGCCGCUUUAGCGCCGGUCAAGAGGAAGUUCAAGCUUGCCGUAUCGGGGUCGUCGUUGCCCAGCGCGUCACAACUACACCGCGCUUACGAUUAG